CAUAAUGGCGACAGGUCUACGCUGUCUCGUCAUCGUUUGUCUUUUAUCCUUGGUGUCCAUUGUUAUCUUUUGAGUCUAGCAGCCGCAGUAAUUAUAUCUUUGAUCAUCAGUGUGUCUUAAUCAACAUCUGACUUGACUUCGUGUUGAUUUUCGCUUCCUUAAUGUUCUUCCUCCUCUUGAUCUUCCGGUACACCGAAGCUAGUUUAGCUUAGCAUGCUAUCUGUAGACAGAGGUGACGGGAAUGGAACUUGGCAGCACAGUGCUGCUGUCAGAGCGAAUCCUUACUUGAGUUAACGUUAUUUAGAUGGAGUUUGGAGAAGGUUCUGUUGUGUGGAAGUGUCUUCUGUCAACAGUCUGAUAGUUUUUGUUAACCACAGACUGAGUGAAGAGAGACUGGGCUGUUUGGAGGAACGACAGCAGAGAAAGAAGAACAGCUUCAUCGAUCAAAAGAGGAAACUGAGAGAAAAUGGAAACUUCUGGAGGCUCUCUGCACUCAGCGUUAUCUAGAAAGAGCAGAUGUCGAGCCACUGUUGGUGAUCCUCCCUCUGAGCAGCAGGAGUGGAGCCCCAGUCUGGACCAGGAGGACACUAACCCUUUGCACAUUAAAGAGGAAGAGGAAGAACAGGGGAUCAGCCAGGAGGGACUGGACGGAGUUAACACCUUCGAGUUCCCCUUCAUUCCUGACCCUGUGAAGAGUGAAGAUGAGGAAGAGAAACCACAAAUUUCACAGCUUCAUGAAGUACAAACAGAACAGAUGGAAAGUGAAGCUGAUGGAGAGGAAUGUGGUGGAUCUGAACAGUCGUGGAACUCAGAUUCAGAGGGAGAUUUACAUCCAGAGAUUGAGAUCAAGCUUGAAGACUCCUCUGAAGCUGAGACGGAUGUCAGUGAUGAUUGGAGUGAUACAACAGAACAUCAGUCAGGUUCAAACUCUGGAAGAAAAUUCGUACAGAAGAGAUCAGCCCUGUCUAAGAAAUCGCAUAGCUGCUCUGAGUGCGAUAAAACAUUCAGAUGGAAAUGUCAUCUGACUGUUCACAUGAGAAUUCACUCAGGAGAGAAACCUUUCAGCUGCACUCAGUGUGGCAAAAAAUUCCACCAUAAGUGGUCUCUAGUCCAUCACAUGAGAUUUCACUCAGGAGAGAAACAUUUCAGCUGCCCUGUGUGUGGGAAAAAGUUUGGACAGAAAGGACACCGGAAUGUGCACAUGCUAGUUCACAGUGGAGAGAAACAAUUCAGCUGCUCCUACUGUAGUAAAAGAUUCAAUCACAAAGGAAAUCUACUUAAACACAUGAAGAUUCACCAGGAAGAGAAACCCUUUAGCUGCCCACAAUGUUUUAAAACCUUCACAUUUAAAGGGACUCUUAUCAAUCACAUAAGAGUACACCAAAAUGAUAAGCCCUUUGGCUGUAAUGUCUGUGGUAAAUUAUUUCUAUUUCAGUCAGCACUUACUACACACAUGUUUGUUCAUACUGGAGAGAAACCCUUUAGCUGCUCUGAGUGUGAUAAAAGUUUUAAACAGAGGUCUAACCUGACCAGACACAUGUUAAGUCACACAGGGGAGAAACGCUUCAGCUGCUCUGAGUGUGACAAAAAAUUCACUCAGAAGUCUAAUCUGAGCAAACACAUGUUGGUUCACACAGGAGAGAAACCCUUCGGCUGCUCUGUAUGUGGAUUAAGAUUCAACCAAAAGGGUAAUCUGACCUCACACAUGUUGCUUCACACGGGAGAAAAGCCCUUUAGCUGCACUGAGUGUGAUAAAAAAUUUAAUAAAAAGUUUCAUCUGAAUUCACACAUGUUGACUCACACAGGAGAGAAACCCUACACCUGCUCUGAGUGUGACAAAAGAUUUCACAAGAAGUUUGAUCUGAACCGACAUGUUUGUUCACACAGUAGAGAAAACCUUCAGCUGCUAUGAGUGAGGUAAAAGAUUGCAGCAAUGGUAGUGUGAAGUCAGAGAGACCCCCCAGCUGCAGGGUUUUUUUUUAAUCAAAGGCAUAAACUGUGAAAAAGACAGGUGUGUUAGAGAUUAGCUUCAGGAUGCAAAAUAAAAAGAGCUAAUGAGGAGGACUGUAAGACAAAAACCAGGCCAACUUGUGUCAAGGAAAAAUUACAACCACAGACUGAGGACAAGUCUGAUGACUCAUCUGAAGCUGAGACUGAAGACAGAUGAGAUAAUUACAGGGAGACCAGAGAAUAUCAAUUAGGUUUAAUCUUUAAAAAAUUAAUAAGUGAUGUAAGACCUGAUUAAGCAUCAACUGAUCUGGAGGAGGACGUGGAUUUUGAAGAGCAGAAGAGGAGUGAGGUGGUAUCUAUGGUGUCUGGACCUUGCUUUUCUUUUCUUGCAUAUGUUUCAAGAAUUAUUUUGCAUUUGUUCCAGCAGAUUGAGUGGGAAACAGAUCAGAGGGGAGAGCGUGGAGAGUAGAGAGUAAGGCGGGAAAGGAGUCACAGGCUGGACUUGAGCUAGGACUGCUCAUGUACACCAGGCGAGGUAAACGCUACACCAUCUGUACCCCAGGAUGUGUUGUUCUUACCUUGUGCAGGAGGUAGAUACAUACCAGUAUCCAAUCCCUGUAUCGAGAAAUGGUUGCUGAUAUUAAGCCAAAGUACUCAUACUUUUAAAAAUCUGCAAAUACUGUACUUGGUAUGUCAAAUUUGGACUUGUGUGCAGUUUGUUGAAAUUACAACAUAAACAACGAUGACAAAAGUGGUGGAGAAUGAAAACUAUGCACUGAUAAAUUGUCAAGAGGAGGGAUGAAGAAUAUCUGAUGAAAUAAACUUUCACAAUAAUUUAUUGAACAAAAUGGUAUCCAUAAGCACUCUUAUCAGGACUCAGUAUCAGUGAGUAUGCUAAUAAAAGUACUUUUUCUUGGUCUAGAAAUGAACGUCUUGUUUCCCUUUUUUGUUUUUCUUAGGUUAGAUUUGUUUCAAAUCUAU